AGCGGGGCUUUGCCGGUGUCACCGGUUCUCUGCCCGGGAGACCCUCACCGAGCGCUUUUUAAACUGAAUUUCCAGUUCCAGGCUAAUCCCGACUACCAGAUGAGCGGAGACGACACCCAGCACAUCCAGCAGUUCUAUGAUCUCCUGACCGGCUCCAUGGAGAUCAUCCGAGGAUGGGCAGAAAAAAUCCCCGGUUUCACCGAGCUCCCCAAACCCGACCAGGACCUGCUCUUCGAAUCCGCCUUCCUGGAGCUCUUCGUGCUGCGCCUGGCGUACAGGUCCAACCCGGUGGAAGGCAAGCUGAUCUUCUGCAACGGGGUGGUCCUGCACCGGUUGCAGUGUGUCCGUGGCUUUGGGGAGUGGAUCGAUUCCAUUGUUGAAUUCUCCUCCAACUUGCAAAACAUGAACAUCGAUAUCUCUGCCUUCUCCUGCAUCGCUGCCCUGGCCAUGGUGACAGAGAGGCACGGGCUUAAAGAACCCAAGAGGGUGGAAGAACUGCAAAACAAGAUUGUAAAUUGUCUCAAAGACCAUGUGACUUUCAAUAACGGGGGGCUGAAUCGCCCCAACUAUUUGUCCAAACUCUUGGGGAAGCUCCCCGAACUCCGCACGCUUUGCACGCAGGGGCUGCAGCGCAUUUUCUACCUGAAACUGGAAGAUUUGGUGCCACCGCCAGCAAUAAUCGACAAACUUUUUCUGGACACUUUACCUUUUUAAGACUCUUCCCACACACUUUCCAGUGAACUGAAGAGAAACUUUGCCUGUCUGAAGGGGAACCCGCCUGGGCCCGAAGCAGCAGCUCUGGGCACCAGCGUCCCGUCCCAACAGCCUCGCUGACCUCCCGCCGGCAGAACGCCAAGGGGCAUUUUGGCUCUGGGGCAUCACGGAUGCAGAUCAUGGACCAGACAAAUAACCAUGGUAUAUAAACUUUUUAUUAUCGGCUUAUAAAUGAAUUUAUUAUU